CAACGAUAAGUUGAUAGGAUAAGAAUUUCUAAAGUUCUUUUAACAAAGUUUACUUUGUCAGUUUAAUAAAAUGAAUCCAGCUGGCCUGACACAUUACAGUGUUAUGUCUCCUCGAACUCCGGGAAAGACGAAUCUUGUUUCAGCAAGAGAUGUGAAUUCAGGUGGUUACACUCCACACAGUCCUCGUAAUGUAGCAACAUCACGAGGUCAAGGUAUUAGACGACUUGAAUCAACACGUGAUGUGAGACAUGGCUCAGUUGUCAUUGAAAGAAAUGAAGCUCUAAUAUCGAUGGAUCCUUCGAAAGAUCCCAUGAGAAAAGUUCAUGAAGAAGGCUUGUAUCUAAAUUUAACAUCAAGGUCAAAUGACGCAAUCACAGUAGAGUGGACAUACUGCCCUGCUUUGUCGUGGAUGCCAAUUGAUCAUUUCUUGUUGGAACAUAGCAGUGUAACAAAUCCCGAUUUCAACAACAUAAAGCUUGCUUCAAACCAGCGUCAAUAUACAUUACGUGAUUGUACGCCAGGAACAAAUAACUUCUUCAUUGUCUCAGCGAUAGAUGUUUAUGGUAAAGUUAUCCAGAGAUCAAAACAGCUGACCGUACAAAGUUCUGCACCAAUUGAUCGACCAAUAUUGAAACUUAAAAAGUCCAGUCCAGAUAUGAUAACUAUUGAAUGGAAUCGACCAGCAGAAUAUGGUGACGGGUUCAUCAGUGAAUAUCAUCUUAAGGUGAAUGGAAAGUUCUACACAAACAUCCGUUCAACAAAGACAUCAUUUGAUUACAUUGAGUGUCGACCACUGGAGGAGUUUACAUUCAGAAUCCAAGCUCUUUCAAUCAAACAUGACUGCAACAGUGAAUGGUCAAAUGUCCUUCAAGUAGCCUGCCCUGCAUCAUUACCUAUGACACUAGAACGACUAAGACCGAAGACUAUCAACACAGUAAAAGUUGGUUGGAAUUUACCCACGUGUAUUGGAGGAGCAAAAGUCAAAGAAUUCAGGGUUUAUUUCAAAGAAGCUAGUACGUACGAGAUGUACAACGACCAGGAGAAACCUGAUCCAGACAAAAUAUUUGGCCACAGACAUGCAGUCGUUAAAAUACAUAAACCUGACGAAACAGUAUCAUUUGUCAAAGUGGAACCAGAGAAAAGAUAUUGGGCUAUUCUCCGUGCGGAGAUUUUACCAGAGGGUUGUCCACCGGUGAUCACUCUACCCGUUCGUGUCCGCGCUACGAUCAGGCCAGUGGCACCUGAGAUUGCAGUAAACGUGUAUGGGGGACUGGAACGAGCGGAGGCUAAUAAGGAGAUAGCAAAAUUGUUGGAUAUACAAGACAAGAUUAACCGACACAAAAUGUUAACACAGACCUCUGAUAUUGUGAUGGGAGCUCAACUAAAGAAUGAAGAGAUGCAAGAUAUGAACGUCAAGUUGUACCAAAUUGAAACACGUCUUCAUGAGCUUGUCAGAGUUGUUAAUAAAUUAACAGGGUUUGUUCCUGUUGUAUUGAGCUGGAAAACGCCAGAAUUUGAUGAAUUCUCGGAACCAUUAAGUUAUCGUAUAAACGUGGACGAUCAUAGCUAUCAAGACCCGCUGCCAUUGGAAACGACUGAACAUUCCUUAAAGGUAAAAAUUUCCGGAGUAAGAUUAAGCAAAGACGGAUUGUUUAUCUUUCAGCUCGACGUAGAAAAACUUGCACACAGGAUCUCAAUUACAACUUUAUCUUGGCAUCCUGUCGGGAACAGUGACGAGUCAAAUGUCGAGUUAGUGGACGCCAAACAUUUUCGACCAAACAGAUUCUUCUGCUAUUUUACAAGCCACAGCAAAGCCGCAAGUUGGCCCAGUAAAGGAGGGUGUCGCUUAGAAGACUUUCUUUUUCAUGAAAAGAAGUUGACCAGUAAACACAAUGUACAUCGUGGACUCUUGAAGACGAGAGUAGCUCCAAAACCAUUCCGAGUAAUGGGUGUCCACGACGCUACCUGGCAACAGUUAAUACGUCAUUUUGGAGCGAAGAAACCAACCAUUAUACUCUUCUGGACUAAAUGGUGUGUCUCCUCGCAAAACACGCUGGAGCGUUUCUGUGCUUACGCCCAUCGUUUAAAAGAUAAGUACCAAUACCUCGCAUGUUGUGUUAAAAGUGGAGAGGAUAUCCACACGCACAGAAAAUCAAUCAUUGAGUUACUCAAUGAAAAGAAUUUGAGAAUUUUGGGUAAUAUACGUCACUGCUGUGGAUGUCAUCUCGCCCCAGAUCUCCCGAACACCACGAUUGAGAAAAUGGAUAAAGCGAGCAUUCCUGCUUCGUUUGAUCUUGCUGGCGUCCCAACAUUCUGUAUUCUGGAUAUUAAAGGUCGACUCUCCUGGCAAGGCCGUGUUGCCGCUGACACAGACGAAACAUUUUUCAUCAACAUAAAUCAUGUGAUGUCCCAGGUUGAAGAACAAGAAUGUCCAAAUACGGAAUGUGGACAUUGCAACGACGAAAACGGAAUUCUAUACGAAGUAAAGAAGAAAAAUGAUGACGUCAGCGACGAAGUGAAUGAUCAAGCCAAUGACAGCAGUGAAAAUGACGCCAGCAACCAAAGUAAGCACGUCAUAGGUAAGUCACAUGACAAGUUCUCAUUGGAUGAGUUCCACUUACUGCACUCAAGACUUCAUGGUAAGGAUCUGGAAGAGGCAGAAAAAACACAAAAUGAACAAUAUGCAAAAGUUGGAAGUCUCUCAUCUCGCCAAGAAUGGUUGCAAAAACGGCGCGCGAAUGCGAAAAAGUCCGGGCAAGAUUCCGAGAAAGAAGCUGAGAAACACACAAUACGCUCAGUAGAAGUGAAUCAAAAUCCUCCAUCAACUGCAAGCAUUCAAACACCGAGAGAAAAGCCUGGAAUCAAGAACUAUCAAUACCGGCAACCAUAUCGUGAAUAUCGUAGUCCAAAUAACGGAUACGACAAGUCAAAACAUGGCUAUGGUGCCUCGGGUGGAUCAACAUGGCGAGACAAACCUCCGGUCGAGAAAACAUCGGGGACGAACAUUUCCGAGCAUCCCACGGAGAAUGGACGAAAGAAUAGUCACAGAUACUCUAGUAUUAAUUACCAUCUCGCGGAAAGAGCCGGUAAUGGAGAUGCAGAGGCAGAACCAGACGUUUUAGAUUUCGACCAUUCUCGGAAGAGCUCGACUACAUUGGCGUACAACAAUAGUGGCACAACUAAAUGGAACUCACAGAUUAAAGCCAAUAACAUUGACAGAGAUACCAGCAGAGAAAAGAGUUCAAACUGGCAGCGACACCAUCACGAGGAAGAAGAGCUUUACGAGUUCAUGAUACCAGAUAACAUGAGAAAAAGAAAUGGUCGGGGUGGAAAACCAAACACAACUCAAAAACAAGCACCUUACAUAUAUCGUCGACCUUCAACCCUGGAACCCAUCAAUGAUCCACCAAAGUCAGCCAAGAAGAAUGACAAAUACAGUCAUAUUCAAAGUCGCUAUAGCAAGGGGAUCUACCAGCCUGGUAAACCAAAACAAAGAUACGCGAUUUCAGCACAUCACAACAAAGACAGAAAAAGACAGACAACACCACAAAACGGAGAAGGAUCUUAUUAUCGACAAGCAUAUGUAUAAACACCACUUUUCUUCACUAUAUUUAGAUGUAGACACUAAACACUGAAGUUAGUAAGAAUGUUCCGUAUUUCACCGUACCACUAAAAACUACUUCGAUUUUUAAACUAUUCUGUGCUUGCAAAACAUUAAGCAACAAAGGUUUUCCGAAAU